GCCCAACGCGGGAAACGCUGUUGUGUUGGUUCACUAGUUUCCUCCGAGGAGCAACCGCCGCGCCGGCAGCCAUCAGAUCUACGCGUUUGUCCUCCAACAGGCUGUCCACAUGUUCGUUUCCUUCGCCGUGGUUAGCUGGCCUCGGACCCCACGGACUCUGCCCACGACCCCUUGCUCUCGCUGAGGCGUCCCCGGGUCGACUGAAGGAAGCGGCCGGAGCAGCAGUCGCUCGUUGCCCGCGUUGCUCCCCAACGCCCGUCCCUGUAGCCGUUAGCUCCGACACAAAGAGUGCAGCCCUCUGCCCGGCCACGUCUCCGUGGGCUUUUACCGGGACGAUGGAUACGUUUCAGAAGGUGGAGAAAAUCGGAGAAGGGACGUACGGAGUGGUUUACAAGGCGAAGAACAAAGUGACCGGAGAAACGGUCGCUCUGAAGAAAAUCCGGCUGGACACGGAAACCGAGGGCGUUCCCAGCACAGCCAUCCGAGAAAUUUCUCUCCUCAAAGAACUCAGCCAUCCAAACAUCGUCAAGCUGCGGGACGUCAUCCACACAGAGAACAAACUUUAUCUCGUUUUCGAGUUCCUUCACCAGGAUCUGAAGAAGUUCAUGGACUCCUCCUCGGUCACGGGCAUCCCGCUGCCUUUGGUUAAGAGUUAUCUCUUCCAGCUGCUGCAAGGCCUGGCCUUCUGCCACUCUCACAGAGUUCUCCAUCGAGACCUGAAGCCCCAGAACCUCCUUAUCAACGCCCAGGGAGAGAUCAAGCUGGCGGACUUUGGCCUGGCGAGGGCCUUCGGAGUACCUGUGCGCACUUACACACAUGAGGUGGUUACGCUUUGGUACAGAGCACCUGAAAUCCUCCUGGGCUGCAAGUACUACUCGACAGCUGUCGACAUCUGGAGUCUGGGCUGCAUCUUUGCUGAAAUGGUCACCAGGAGGGCGCUAUUCCCCGGGGACUCGGAGAUAGACCAGCUGUUCCGAAUCUUCCGUACCCUGGGAACGCCGGACGAGGUGGUGUGGCCCGGAGUCACGUCGAUGCCCGACUACAAGCCGUCCUUCCCUAAGUGGGCCCGGCAGGAUUUAGCCAAGGUGGUGCCUCUUCUCGACGAGGACGGCAGGGAGCUGCUGGCGGAAAUGCUGAAUUAUGACCCAAACAAGAGGAUCUCUGCCAAAAAUGCACUCGUACACCGGUUCUUCCGGGACGUCUCCAUGCCGGUUCCUCAUCUGAGACUGUGAUCGGUGCUGAGACGGGAGCGACCUGGACACUACAGGAGCCGAAACGCUUCCUCGGCCUCUGAAGGCGGCCUCAAAGUAGCCGCGUGGAAGUUCGGCUGUUUCCAAGUGUUUAAAUGUCCUUUUCUAAUUUUAUUGUGCAUAUUUAUGUGCAGCUGUUUGAUCUGUUGUUAAUGAUUCAAAGCGUUCUUCGAUAGAGUUCAGGUCAGAGCAGUGACUGCUGUUGAACCUCCCGAUUUAAAUCCUCGAGUAGCUUUUGGAUGUUCAAGUAGUUUGUUGGUUAGAGGCGAACUUAGUUGAGGAAUUGGUGGGAUUGUGCAAAUAAAGCGAUCUGUGUUCGUAGCGUGGAGGUGCAGCAGAAAACGGAGCCGGUGCUAAACCAACAUCAGAUUACGGCAGGUUUCCUCCAGGUUGAACUUUUCUUUUCUUGCAGUUCCAUGCAAAAGAUCUCGGAAGUGGUUUUAAAGCUGCACCGUUGUUUUGAAACUAUGGUUCUGAUUUACAGUAGUCCAAUGGUAUUUUUACAGAAUUAAACUCGCCGUUGCAUUGUUCAUUAGAGUUAGUUCGAAGCUAAUGCACAAUUUUUAUACAUAUUGUUUAUAUACAGUCAGAGAAAAUAAAACUUCUUUAGAUAACUGGUGGUCGUGUCGGAGAGAUUGUCGAGUCCAGUUUUGGGGGGGACGGGGG